UGUCUUUCUUAUUUUGGGCCAAGAUUCACCUGGUGGCAUUAUUAUGUAGUGGUAUAAUCCAUGGUUAGUAUGGAAGUUGAGAGUUCUGUCAUCUUCACAUCCCUGUGUCAGCAGGGAAAUCCUUUGUAGAGUGGGACUGAGGCACCGCAGUGGAACUGCACAGGCAGAGUGUCCUCUGUCACAACUGCAGUGUCUCUUUUGUGCUCUGAGCUGGGGCUCCAUUCAAUUCUGCUUUACUUGAAAGGCUGAAUUCACUGAAAGAUUUUUUAAAUAAACCACGGCAAUGAAAUCAUCUGAAUCCAGUUUUGCUGAUGGUAACUUGGGGUCUCGGCCAGCUCUGGUGAGAGAACAGUCUUGGCUUUUCUCUCUGGUGUCCCUUUCCCCACCACAUCAUGAGCUUUUGUCUGUUGGCUGUCUCUGUUUUCCCUGUGCAUCCCUUCCUUGCUGUUUUGUUUGCAGCAGUGAGAAGUGGUUUUGUUCAUUAGUGCAAAUACCCGUUAGGGACUCACCUAGACCAAGAUACUACAGGGGUGUGACUUUUAAAAGGCAGUUUUUCACAUCAGCUGUGGCACUUGCCUUCUCAACUCCUUCUUUGCUGGGUUUCUGCUUUGAGCUGUGCUAGACCAGGAAGGCCUGGGCUCACUCCUGCCCCAGCCUCUUGUUUCUGGAGUGCUCAGGGGAUGUGUUUGACCUAUGUUGUUUUAAAUCAAGUUGCUUUAUUACUAUGGAGUUAACAUUCCAAUGAGGACAAUUAUCUACUUGUUCUCUUGUUAAUGACAUCGUGGGCUAAUCUGAUAUUGAUCAUUUUAAGAGAUGAUGCAAUUACCACUGUGUGAAGGGGUGUGUUUUGUGUAGGAUCUGAGAGCACCAAAGAGGGAGCAGGGCAUUACUGGGACACUUUCACUGUAAGUCACUAUAUUUGGCUCAUCUUUCUCAUAUGACAUUCUCCACUGUACACUGCAGGAAGAUCAUAUCAAAUUGCUGGACAGGCAGCAGCAUGGACAGUAUUGUAACAGACCUUUAAAAGGCCUAUUAGGAAAGUGUCCUGACAAGGAGGUUACAGGGGGAAUCAUGGUGUUCUUAAGUUCUAACCUCCUCUCCUGACUUCUUGAAAUUUUUUCUUCCUCCUUUCUGAAUGGGUAUUAAAACUGAAGGCAAGAGAUCACCACAGUCUUUUAAAUAGGAAUUCAAGAACCCACAGAUACUUAAAGCUGCAUUUUACAACUUAUUUUGUUGGGAUUCUGAGGAAAGACCAUGAUUUUAUACUUGUUAGCAACCCCAAGCAAGGGACCUGGAACUAGAUGAUCUUUAAGGUUCCUUUCAAUCCAAACCAUUCUGUAAUUAUUAUUUGGUGCUAAGGAGUUUGCUAUUUUUUUAAAUUUUUUUUAAUACUGUAGAUCCUUGUUCUACCCCAUCUAAAGUGGAAUCCAUCUUCCUUCCCAAAGUGAAGAAGUUGAACACACACACAGUGAUAAGGCAACAAAUUAACCUGCUUUGUAACCUCAGCAGUAACUUUGAUGUGCUAGGUUUAUUUUAAAAUGCUAAAAAUGAAAUGAACCCACAUGAAAACAUCAGUCCCAAAUCUGGCUGAAAGCAAUCUCUUCAAUAUAUGUGUGUGAUGGAGAGUUAGCACUCCUGGAGCAGGAGAUGUGCUCAGAGCACUGCUGCAGCACAGUCAUCUGUCACUCAGAUGAGAGACUUGUCCUCUGGCUCCAGUUGGCUGAUAAGUUCCUUUGUCAGGAAUGGCUGGGGAUCAGAGUUUGUCAGGUGUAAUGCAGGCUGCCUUCCAGUUUUUGCCAGAAGCCAGACACCACAGAGAAAGGCAGAGAGUAUUCUUCUUAAAUUAAAUGUCCUGAUAUUGUUCUUUCUCCUCCUCCUCUGACUUCUUAAUUUUCUGGGUAUUUCUGAAGUUAAUUUAAUCCUUGUGAAAGGUGCCAGAAUCUCUGCUCCAAGACCACUCAGCACAUACUGAGAGAGCAGCACUGAUUGCCACAGGACAGUGGGAGGCUCCUGAGUUUGGGUUGCAUUAGCCAGAGACUGGAUUUGCAGCCACACAACUAAUAAAAGUUAUUGACAUCAUUCAUUCCACAGUUACCCAUAACAACUGAGCUGUAUUGUCCCAGUGUAAUUGCUGCAGCCUGGAUGGAGCACUGUGCCUCCUGGCCAGAGCCUGGAAACGUGUUCAGGGAGCCUGUGCUGUGUUCCACAUGGAAACGUGUUCAGGGAGCCUGUGCUGUGUUCCACAUGGCUCCAGCUGCAGCACUGUUGGUCCUUGUUCCAGGUUGCCUAACAACAGCUACAGUCCUACCUUUGGACUGAAAAGUAGCCCAAGUCCUUUGCCAUUUCUCAUCCUGCCAGUGACUGUAUCUCUGUGUUUAUUCCCUGCUCUUCUUCCAAGGACUUUUUCACAAACUGAUCGUUUUUCCAUAGGUGUCUCUCAUUUAUGUUGCAGAUUUUGCAUAGGUCAGUCCCUGCCUUUAUACUCAGCCUUCUAUUCAAAGUCCCAGUUUUAUUUUCAGAUCCCAAGUUUUCGUCUUCUGCUCUUUCAUUAUAUUGUUUGAUGCACAAGUGCAUAUCCAAAUGCAAUUUCUGAUACCAGUUGAUAUCAGAAGGAAACUAGAUAGUAGAGAUUACUGCCCUACACAAAACACUUUAGAGCAAGGUCUCUUAGCAGUGGGGUAAACAAGAAGCAGCAGUUUUAUCCAAUGCCAUUUGUGUCCAUGACCAAAGCUGGAGUUUUGAGGUUGGGACCUCUAACUGCAUGAAGCCCAAGGAUUGUUCCUGGUAUUGCACAAACAAGUUGUUUUAUUCACUUUCAUUCGAGCCUCCAAAAGGUACAAAGCCAUGGGAAACAGAUCAGCAAGCACUGUAAUAAAGAGGUUUUACAAGCAUAUUGUGUGAGGGUUUAUCCACUCUUACCUAGUCUUGUUGUUGAUCUUUUCUUUUUUCUCUCCUUUUUUCUUAGUGUUGAAAGGAGUAGAUGAGUAGUUUCUUAGCAGGCAGGAAAGAAAAACUGUGCCAUUAGGACAUUUUCUUGUUUUUUUCAGUAUAAAAUUGUUGUCUAGGAAACAAAAUGCUCUACAGAAGGAUAAAGGAUGUUUUGCCUCUUUCUCUCUUCUGCUUUCUCUUGAAGUUACAUUAAAUAAUUACAAAGUGUCUGCUUCCCAUUAGCUUUGGCUCUAGGAGCUUUGUGAGAUUACACACCCAUGUGUAACUCCGUGCCGACCCACCAGCGAUAACCAGACCUUGUGUUUGUUUUACUGUGAAUAUUGAGGCCAUUUAAUCUCUGCCCUUCUGGUUUAAAACACAAAUUAUGGGCUGUGCCUAAUGAGGCAUUUGAACCUCAGAAAAGGAAAGGAAGUGAAGAGCUUGUCCAGGCAGGGUAGGUGAAUCCAGAUACCUGUACAUGGUCUUCAGAGCUGCACAAUAUGCUGAAACUGGAAGCCUUGGCAGUGCCUGUCCUGUUUGGUACCAGCCAGCUGUAAUCCUUGGCAAGCUAUAGAGGUGGUGCUUGGCUGGGCCAGUUCUUUACCCCUCUCUGAGUAGAAUGCAAGCAAUUGUUUUAGUGAUUGCUCUGCAGAACUAGGAAGCCCCAGACAGAAUUAGGACAGCACUGAAGUAGGAGCUAAAUAAAACUCACUUACAAAGGUGCAUCCCUCCAACAGUGGGAAGGAAACAUUCCUGCAAAAGCUGAGAAUGAGAGAGAAGGCUCAUUCCUUCUUCACCUUUCUAUCCCCUGGUUGUUUUUCCACCCAGCCCUUCCCUGUCUACACUUGUCCUUUCCCUCCUGUGUGCCAUACCCAGAUAAAUGUGGAGCCUCAGGCAUGGCUACGGUGAAUUUAUGUGCACCUUUUAGUUCAGAUUGUGUGGCUCAGGAUGAAUAUGGGAUGCUGAGAGGGGCUUUUGCCGCAUUCUUUAUCAGCAAGAGAACACUUCAGACAGGACCUGUAACCAUCUCAACUUGUUUAAAUAGCAAAUACUUGUAUUUUUGAAUUGAGCUUGAAUCCAAAGCUGUGGAGUCAUCUGUGGGGCAGUUAAUAUUUCAGGGUUUCUUGGUCUCAAUUUAGUCUUUUUCCAUGCCUACUCAGGUGGUUUUUCCCUUAGUAUAUUUUAUAGCAUUUUGUCCUACCUAAUUUGCCAUCUGCUUUUGCACAGACCCCUGUCUGUCAGCAUCAUUCCUUCCUGUGCAUGCAUAUGCAGCUCUGCAGGCAGUGAGCCCAGGGAUCCUCGCUGUGUCGGCUCCAUCUGAUGAAUGAACCAUUUUCACAGACAUCUGGUGCUAUCCUGGGCAAACUUUCUUCCCUCUCUGCUUUUUUCUCCCCCUACUUCCAUCCCUCAUCCUCCCUCAUCCCCCACCCCCAUCCGCCGCCUCCUUGCUGGAUCUGCAGCGUGACUGGAAGCAGGCUGAAUUAAUCAGCAGACUGGUGCUUCACUCUGCUGCUUCUGUCUCAUUCUCUGCGGCGCUGGACUCUGCACAAUCUUGCUCCCUCUCCCUCUUUGCUCUCUCAUUUUUGGAGAGCAGCAGCAGUGCAAGUUGCUGGGGAAGUGGUGCAGCAAUUUAGCCCAGAUGCUCUUCAAACAGGCUGAUCUCUGGAUCCCCCACCAAGGCAAAUGUCGCAAAGAUGAGAUGACCUCAAGCUUGGGCCUUACCACAAAGAAAGCCCUCACAAUCCUCAGAGACCAGUUGUCAGCACUGCUGGAGGGGCAUCAGAAGGAGCGGAAAAAAGGGACUUCAUGGAAGGAGGUGUGGAGAAGCAGUUUCCUGUACCAUGGUAACCGCUGCUCCUGCUUCCACUGGCCUGGUGCAUCUCUGAUGCUGCUGGCAGUGCUGUUGCUGCUGUGCUGCUAUGGGAGCCAGCCACAGGGGAGCCAAGGUGCUGAGAUAGUCAAUGCACUGGCACUCUUCCUCCUGCUCCUCUUGGACCUCCUCAUGAUCGGGCGUCAAGACAGGCUGAAGUGCAGAGAGGUGGAGAGGAGGCUUCAGACCAUUGUUGAUAAGAUAAACGAUACACUUGGCAAAGAGGUGAAAUGGCCAGACUCCAUGUACCCUGACCUUCACAUGCCUUAUGCCCCAUCGUGGUCCCUUCACUGGGCCUACAGGGAUGGGCAUCUUGUCAACCUGCCUGUGAGCCUCUUGGUGGAAGGAGAUGUUGUGGCUCUGAGGCCAGGACAGGAAUCAUUUGCUUCUCUGAGAGGGAUUAAGGAUGAUGAGCACAUAGUUCUGGAGCCUGGUGAUCUAUUUCCCCCCUUCUCACCCCCGCCAUCCCCAAGGGGAGAAGUGAAGAAGGGACCUCAGAAUCCUCAGCUCUAUCGUCUCUUCCGUGUGUUGAAGACCCCAAUAAUUGAUAAUGUCAGGUGGUGCCUGGAAAUGGCUCUGUCACGGCCUGUGACAGCCCUGGAUAAUGAGAGGUUCACUGUACAGUCAGUGAUGCUGAAAUAUGCAGUCCCUAUCGUGCUGGCUGGAUUCCUGAUCACCAAUGCUGUGCGCUUCAUUUUCCAAGCUCCUGGAAUUGCUUCCUGGCAGUACACUCUUCUUCAGCUGCAGGUGAAUGGUGUCUUACCCAUCCUUCCAUUGCUCUUUCCUGUCCUGUGGAUUCUUGCUACAGCCUUUGGAGAAGCCAGAGUAUUGGCCCAGAUGAGCAAAGCCUCCUCCACCUCACUGCUUGCUAAGUUUUCAGAGGACACUCUCAGCAGCUACACAGAGAUGGUAUCUUCUCAGGAAAUGAUACGCUGUAUCUGGAGCCACUUCCUCUGUGUUUUAAAAGGCAAAUCCCCAACUCUGAGCUUCACUUCCAGCUUGCUCCACAGUCUGGGAUCUGUCACUGUGCUCUGCUGUGUAGACAAGCAGGGGAUUCUUUCCUGGCCAAACCCCAGCCCAGAGACUGUUCUGUUCUUCAGUGGGAAGGUGGAACCACCUCAUGACAGCCACGAAGACCUGACUGAUGAGCUUUCCACACGGUCCUUCUGCCAUCCUGAGAUGGAAGAUGAGCCCCAUGAAAGAGAUGCUUUGCUCUCUGGCCCCCUGGCAGACACAGUGCACAUGGCCAAUGAACAGGAGAGGAACAACUGGUCUGGUGACGCUCCAAAGGCUCCUGAAGCCUCUGCCCACCGAAAGCCAAACAGCAGAAGCAAACAUCCCUCUGGAUCCAACGUGAGCUUUAGCAAGGACACAGAGGGUGGAGAGGAGGAACAUACUCAGGUUGUUGGGGACAGCGAGAUGUUGGCUUGUGAGGCUGAAGACUUUGUGUGUGACUACCACCUGGAGAUGCUCAGCCUGUCCCAAGACCAGCAGAACCCCUCCUGCAUCCAGUUUGAUGACUCCAACUGGCACACACACCUGAAUUCCCUCAAGCCUCUGGGCCUGAACGUGCUGCUCAACCUGUGCAACGCCGGCGUGACCGAGCGGCUGUGCCGCUUCUCCGACCACCUCUGCAACAUCGCCCUGCAGGAGACUCACAAUGCUGUGCUGCCUGUCCAUGUGCCCUGGGGCCUCUGUGAGCUUGCCAGGCUGAUAGGUUUCACACCAGGUGCUAAAGAUCUUUUCAAGCAGGAGAACUAUUUGGCUUUGUACCGCUUACCAAGUGAUGAGAUGGUUAAGGAAACCAUCCUGGGGAAGCUUUCAUCCAUCACCAAGAGGAGACCCCCCCUGAGCCACAUGAUUAACCUGUUUGUGAAGGACACCACUACCAGCACUGAGCAGAUGUUUUCCCAUGGGACAGCUGACAUCAUCCUUGAGGCCUGCACUGACUUUUGGGAUGGUACCGAUAUCUACCCCCUCUCUGGCUCUGACAGGAAGAAGGUGCUGGAUUUCUACCAGCGAGCCUGCCUGUCAGGAUACUGCUCUGCCUUCGCAUACAAGCCGAUGCACUGUGCCCUGUCCUCCCAGCUCAACGGCAAGUGCAUCGAGCUGGUGCAGGUGCCGGGGCAGAGCGCGAUCUUCACGUGCUGCGACCUCCCCGGGACCACUCCCAUCAAACAGAGCAGUCGCAGGAAUAGCUGGAGCUCAGAUGAAGGGAUUGGGGAAGUGAUGGAGAAGGAAGACUGUAUCCAGGCUCUGAGUGGACAGAUCUUCAUGGGAAUGGUCUCAUCUCAGUAUCAGGCCCGCCUUGACAUUGUCCGCCUCAUUGAUGGAUUGGUCAAUGCCUGCAUUCGUUUUGUCUACUUCUCCCUGGAAGAUGAGCUCAAAAGCAAGGUGUUCGCUGAGAAAAUGGGUCUGGAGACUGGCUGGAAUUGCCACAUAUCCUUAACACCCAAUGGUGAUGUGCCUGGCUCAGAGAUCCCCCCAUCCAGCCCCAGCCAUGCUGGCUCCCUGCACGAUGAUCUCCAUCAGGUUUCCCGAGAUGAUGUGGAGGGGCUUCUGCUGAUGGAAGAGGAAGGGCACUCGGAUCUCAUCAGCUUCCAGCCAACAGACAGUGAUAUCCCCAGCUUCCUGGAGGACUGCAACAGGGCCAAACUCCCCCGGGGGAUCCACCAGGUGAGACCUCACCUCCAGAACAUUGACAACGUGCCUUUGCUGGUGCCCCUGUUCACAGACUGCACCCCAGAGACCAUGUGUGAGAUGAUCAAGAUCAUGCAGGAGUAUGGGGAGGUGACCUGCUGUCUAGGAAGCUCUGCCAACCUUCGGAACAGUUGCCUCUUCCUGCAGAGUGAUAUCAGUAUAGCCCUGGACCCUCUCUACCCAUCCCGCUGCUCCUGGGAGACCUUUGGCUAUGCCACCAGCACUACCCUGAGCAAUGGCUCUGAGGAGCUCACCCCGCUGCAGCUCUCAGGGCAGCUCAACAGCCUGCCCUGCUCCAUGUCCUUCCGCCAAGAAGAGAGCACCAGCAUCAUCAGACUCAUAGAGCAGGCCAGGCAUGCAACGUACGGGAUCCGCAAGUGUUUCCUGUUCCUGCUGCAGUGCCAGCUGACCUUGGUUGUCAUUCAGUUCCUCUCCUGCCUGGUGCAGCUGCCCCCCAUCCUCAGUACCACAGACAUCGUGUGGCUCUCCUGUUUCUGCUACCCUCUGCUCAGUAUCUCGCUCCUGGGCAAGCCUCCCCACAGCUCCAUCAUGACCAUGGCAACAGGAAAAAACUUGACUUCCAUUCCCAAGAAGACUCAGCACUACUUCCUGCUCUGCUUCCUGCUGAAAUUCAGCCUGACCAUCUGCUCCUGCCUCAUCUGCUUCGGGUUCACCCUGCAUGAGUCCUGCAAAGGGGUGAACACGACCAGCCUCAACCUCACAGCCUGCUCCUCCAUCAUGCUGCACAGCAAUGCUUAUGGUGCUCCUGACUGGUUUGGGACAUUUUCCAAUGCUCUCCUGGUAGCCCAGAAGCUCACAGCUGGCCUGAUUGUUUUACACACAGUGUUCAUAUCCAUCACCCACGUGCAUCGCACCAAGCCCCUGUGGAAGAAGAGCCCCCUCUCCAACCGUUGGUGGACGCUCACUGUGGCUGUUGUAGUGCUGGGGCAAGUGGCACAGACUGUGCUGGACCUGAAACUCUGGGAAAACCUCAAUUCUUCUUUGACCUUUAACCACGUCUCCAUCUCUCCGGUCGCAUGGCUCCUGGGUUUUCUUUCCUUGGUCCUUGUGGUUAUCAUCAAUGAGAUUGUCAAGCUGCAUGAAAUCAGAGUCCGUGUCCGUUACCAAAAGAGGCAGAAGUUGCAGUUUGAAACCAAGUUGGGGAUGAAUUCGCCAUUUUAAAAGCACCCAGCUCAAGUUCCCUGGAGCCAGGGCCAAACAGCCACUGGGAGAGUGGCUGCACCAAAGGCUCAGGGAAUUUUCCAUCACACAUGCAAACCAGACAGCCUCCUGUCAAAACUACAUCUGCACCUUCCCGGGGCCCCAGGCAGGGAUCGCCCCACAGGUAUGCAGCCCCCUCCCAGCCUACCAGGUAGCCUCACAGGAGCCUGCAAGCUCUGGUGCCUAUUCAGGCUGCUCUUCCUUUAUUUAUUUAUUACUGGAGGUAUUUGUUAGUAUCAUGGUGAUGCUAAAAUGAAGCGGCUCCUUUCCUCUUUGUGAACAGAUGGGUUUCCUGGGCCUGGCAGGAGAAUCUGGGACCAGUAGGGCUGCUGAAGCAGGAGAUCUCUAUUGAAACCCGUUUUGGUUUUCCACUUCAGCCCGCUCUCCACGUGUGCUUGUCUGUGCAUGCCCUCCCCACCUCCCUGCCCUGUGUCUGGGGCAAAGGAGUCAUCCCUCUUGCAGUUCCCAGAGUGCUGGGAGCUCACAUUCCAAAGGGACAGUGGGAAAGGGUCUCUGGACGGCUGGGUUGGGCCAGCCCUGCCCUCUAGUGUCGUUGUCACAGCCAUGUGCUGGCUGUGUCAGAAGAGGGAUGAGACUGGGCUUUGGGAAAAGCUCCCUGUGAUCCUCUGUUCUGGUGCCGAGGGAGGGCAGCUCUGCCUGCCUGCAGGGAGCCAGCAUGGCUGAGCUUCCUGCAGCCUUGUUCAACCAGCUUUUAUGUUCUUUAACAACCCCUAGAGAGGUUUUAUAGCUGUUCUCCUGUUUGUGAGCUGAACUGCUGCUUCAGUAAUGUGCCUGCUUGAGAAAACCACAGCUCGAGAUAAAGCCUGAGCCCUGACUAUCCUGCCUUAGAGGGAGGGGAUGUCUUUCCAGGCAGGAUAUCUGCAACUUGCAGUUGUGACUAAUACAGAGCUGGUGAAUGGCUCCUUUCCCAAUCUCAGGAUUGUGCUGCAUCCAGUUCUUGCUCCCCGAGGCACAGGGAACCCCACCCAAUCAUGUCUGUCUGUGAUAGUGCUGGGAAGUCUCUCCCCUCUGUGCUAAUGCCUUCACACAGAACCACAGAAUGGUUUGGGUUGGAAGGGGCCUUAAAGCUUAUCUUGUUCCACCCCCUGCCAUGGGCACCCUGCCAUGGGCAAGGACACCUUUCUCUACCCCAGGGUGCUCCAAGACCUGUCCAAUGUGACCUUUAACAGUUCCAGGGAUGAGGCAGCCACAACCUCCCUGGGCAACAUCUGCUCGGUGUUUUUCUGGAGGUCUCUCCUGAGGGCUCUGGCAAACCAUGAUCUGCCCCAGUGCAGCUCACGUGCUCCUGAGCUCUGACCAGACCCCAUCUGUUCUGGGAGCACUGGUCCUGCUGGGGGCUGACAGCCAAGGGCCACACAGGAGCACACAGGCUUGGCUACCAGAAUAUUUGCAGGUCAUGGAGAUAUUGACUCUAAUUCUAAACACUGACUAAAGCUGGUAAAUCCUGGCCAUGUUUUUGGUCCCAACAUUUAACACUACAGUAUUUGGCUGUUACUUCCUCUUUGGUACCUGAGAUUAACAAGUGGCAGCUGAUCCUUCCUGGGCAGGUAGGGAGCUGGCUGGAACCCCCAAGCUCUGCCCUGCUGCUUCACCUUGUCUUCCUCACUUUUCAGCAUAACCAGAGAGCACAGACAUGGCUGAGUGUCUCUGAGCAAUACCCUCACCCUGCUGUGGGGCUGGUAGAGGAGCAGAGCCGGGUACAGCCGACCCCUGAGCUCUGGGGACACACUGAGGGUGCUGGAGGGGGGGCAGCUGGGGCUGUUCCAAGCCCUGGACCCAGUUCCUGCAGCUCCCUGGGGAAGCACAGGGCUCCUCCCCUGCACCACAGCAGUGUCUGUGCACCUUAGCCAGCCAGGCUGGACUGUGCCCUCACUCUCCUGGCACCUGCAGGGCUCAGGGAGAACAAGCUGCACCUUUCUCAGCCUCAAUUCACUAAAUGCCAGCUCCAGAUCUGUGACACCUGGCCCCUGAGAAAUCAGCUUUCCUUUGCUAUGCCAGGGUGGGAUCACAAGUGGGAUAUGAACUGAGCUGGAGUCAGAGGCAGCACAGAGCUGCUCACUGCUGUCCCAGCUUUGCCCCCACCCCGACCUCAGUUCUUGUCCUGUGCCAUGAACUGUUGUAGGUGUUAAAAAGCAGCAGAUUCCAGGGCUUCCUGCUGGCCACACCUUCCUCUAGAGAAGGCACCUUCAAGGCUUCCUCCUCUGGGUGAUCACAAAUGUUUAUUUUCCUGCAUCCUCCUUCCCCAGCUAGACUUGGAGGGAGUAAAGUGUAUGAAUGGAGCCUUUAGGAUGGUCUUGCCAGUGCCACCCUUCCCUCAGCCACUGAAGUGUCUAAGGGUCAGAGUGCAUGGCUUCAGAAGGAAAUUUCCUACAUCAAGAUGUUUUUAAAUGCUGUAUAUUUUAUAUUAAAUUUUUUGGGAUGUAUGUAAAAAUAUUUCAUUUGUAUUAAAACUUGUAAAUUGUAUAAAAAAGAAAAAAAAAAUAAACCAACCCAGACCCACAAGCAUCCAGUAUAUGAAUGGCAAUAAAUGAUUGUCUUGGAUAACACACCCAAGAGUUGGGAAUGAGUUUGCACCCAGCAAAGGAAGGAGGUAAAAAUGUCUGUGGUUGCUGGGGUCACAGGGUGUGAUUUUCCUGUUGUAGGGAUACAGCCUAAGAGCUUGAUGCUCCUGGGAUCCAGUUCUGGCCUUUUUCCCAGUUUCUGCUCAGCUUUGGGCAAAUCUGUCCAUCUCUGAAAGCCUCUUCCUACAAAGUAGGUUUGCUUACCUGGUGGUUUCCUGGAUCCCAAGCACUGCUUCAGUCGAGGCUGGAGGCACAGUUUGAAUCCCUCUGAAUGGGUGAAAGGUUGGAGUCAGCUGGAAAAGGCACUGGGAGCAUUGCAGACAAGCAGUGGUGGGAUAAGGAGGCCUGGGCUGCUUGUUCUGAGCAAAGGAGGCACUGGGGUGACAGUGGCCACACUCUGAGCAGGCAGGAGGAGGGAGGAAUGCUCUCCCUGGCACAUGGGGAUGGUGGCGGUGUCACAUGGGCAGAGCUGGACACUGGGACAUCAAUGUUGUCACCACAUUACUGUCGUGGUGGUGAGACUCACUCUGAACAUUAACCUCA